UCAAUCAGUGACAAUAACAUGCACACUUCCACAUUGGAACAUUGAAACAGGUUCAGAAACAAAUUUUCAUUACCACGUAACUUUUUCGGCACAUUUUGACCAUAACAAUUAAAAUACAUUGAACACAGCAUUAGCAUAGGCCAGGUCAGCAUGUCGUUACCGAAGCGGUCGAAGAACCAACAACCGCUCGACUAUCAAGAGCUGCAGAAGCUGGAGGAAUUGCAUCCCGUCGAUAUGGGUGCACCCAAUGAGCGAGCGACUCCUUGGAACGACAUAGAUCGCCAGUUGCAGGACGGGAUGGGCGAGUUGCAGCUGAUGUUUAAUCGACUGGCACCACCGCCUUCGUCGGGAAAAGAGCCCGACAAUAGAUCCAAUCCGAUAAUCCACAACUUGGAUGAUAAACCACUGCCAGUUGUCACAGGAUCGUGGGGCCAGGUGAAGGGAACCCACACGCGUAAUUCGAUCCUGAAUCCAGAAGAUAUUGAACCAGAAAUCGAAGAAAAAUCAGUGCAGCCUAUGCAGCUAACCGAAGAGGACCCUCCGCCGCAGGAAUUGGACGCGGAAACCCGCUUCCUGGCCAUCAGGUUCUUCAAUCUAGUGCUGGCCAAACUUUGGCGUCGGCGAAGGGCCGAAGUCUGCGAUCUGCAUACGCUAGUUCGCAAGUACCAAGCCCAUGCCGCUCGCACCCAAACCGAGCUGUUUACGCGCAACCAAAUGAUCUGUUCGGAGCAGCGACGAGGGGAGCAGCUGAACAAUCAGCUAAUGCAGGCCGUCAGUCGCGUCCGCGUCACCAUGGAAAGCUGCGCCGAACUGGACAACGAGCUGCAGCAGCUGAGGAUCCGUGAAGUAACGCUGAGCAACGAGCUAGCCUCCAAGUCGCUGGAGUGCGAAUAUUUCGCCGAGAUGCUCGACAGCUUCCGCUCCGAUAUGUUUCGCGAGCUGGCCAAUUAUCGCAAGGGCGCCGCCGAAUUGGCCAACCAACAGCGGCGGGCCCUCCAGUUUGAGUUUGAAAACGCCGAGCUGGAGGAUCAAUUGCUCACGAUUAAGGAUCAAUUUCUGCAGCAGAACGACCAAAUGUCGGUGGCGCUUGGCGAGAAAAAGCAAGAGUUGGACGCCGCCUAUGAGACCCUAAAACACUACGAGCAGGAGCUGCUUCAAUUGGAGAUGAAGUACCAGGAGAUGUUGCGCCAAACCGGGUUGGAAGUCGAACUACAGAAGGAGAUCUCGCUUUUGAAGAAGAACAUGAGCAUGCCUCGAUUUUUUAUCUUAUACCUGAGUGCCUGCAAAUGGGGGACUUUUCAUGGUUGCGUAUACCACGUGGUGGCCGGAACUCUGGACUGUCUGGCGCCCUCGUUUUCCGCACCCCCCAUGACUAACAAUUUACUCAGAAUGGGCAUGGCCGCCAUUUUCCUGCUUUAUGCCAUGUAUUGAUUUAUCUGAAGGAUGCAAAAAGGACUGACUGGCGGCGCAUCCAGGUCUGGCACGGAUGACGGAGGAGUUUAUUAGCCAUCCAGUAGUGAAUAUUUUACGACACUACCACAAAUUUGUUGCGAAUAUUAGAUAACUUUUAUGUUUCAUUUUGCCAAGGUACAUAUUUCCGAAACGAAAAAAAAAUUUAGAAUAAAAUUUUUUACUAGUCUUAGACUCCAA